AUGGUGAGAGAUUAAAAAAAAAAACAAACCGCCGUUCAAACCGUAAACCGGUGGUUUGAAUCUGCGGUUUGCGGUUUCGAAAAAUCCCAAACCGAAACCGAGUCCGAGCCGUCCAAACGACGGUUACGGUUCGGUUUGUAUCCGGUUUCGGUUCGCACCGUAACCGUCGGUUCAUAAACUGUCGAACCGCGGUUCGAAACCAAAUGGGCAAGUCUGGAACUGGAACCCAAUGGGCAAUGGGUUGUCGUUAAAUUAGUGAAUUUUAAAUUUUUGAUCACUAAAGGUUACUGAGGUGUGGUAGGGUUUUCAAGCUUGGCAGAAGAGAAGAAGAGAAGAAGAGAAGAAGAGAAGAGCUCCAUGGAUGCCAGCCCUCUUACUCCCAAAUGGAACGUGGAUCGUCCGUUCCUCACCGGCCGAUUUCACCCAUUUCUUGGAGUGUUUGUCUAGGAAUCGAGAUCUGCUGAGACAAAGAAUGAUUUGUUCGGCUCUGGAGUGGAGAAGCCCAUAGGGUGCUACCAUGCCGCAAUUCAGGAAUUGAUUGUGAUUGAUGACCUACUGUCUGCCUUAGUUGGGAUUGAAGGAAGAUAUAUAUCAAUUCGAAGAAUCCAUGGGAAAGAUGAUAGUAUGACCUUCCAGGUCGAUCCAUCUAUGGAUUUGGCACUUCAGGAAUCUGCAAAACGUUUAUUUCCUCUUUGUGAGAGCUAUUUACUGAUUUAUCAGUUUGUCGAAUCAAGGUCCCUGUUCAAGAGUGGUCUUGUUAAUCAUGCUUUUGCCGCUGCACUCAGAACUCUACUUCUUGAUUACCAAGCCAUGGUGGUUCAGCUUGAACAUCAGUUUCGCUUGGGGAAACUUUCUGUCCAAGGAUUAUGGUUUUAUUGUCAGCCUAUAAUGGGAUCAAUGCAAGCUUUAUCCAUUGUGAUAAAGAAAGUUUCAGCCACUAAUUGUAUUGGGUCUGCUGUUCUUAACCUCUUACAGAGUCAGGCCAAGGCCAUGGCUGGUGAUCAUGUAGUCCGGUCUUUGUUGGAAAAGAUGACACAAUGUGCAAGCCAGGCAUAUCUUGGAAUAUUAGAGAGGUGGGUCUAUGAGGGUGUAAUUGAUGAUCCUUAUGGCGAGUUUUUUAUUGCCGAGAACAAAUUGCUUGAAAAGGAAAGUCUCAAACAAGAUUAUGAUGCCAAAUAUUGGCAUCAGCGUUACAGUCUGAAGGAUGAUAUCCCUAGUUUCCUUGCAAAUGCUGCUGAAACAAUUUUGACUACUGGAAAGUACUUAAAUGUUAUGAGAGAAUGUGGAUAUGGUGUUCAGGUUCCUGUAGCAGAAAAUUUAAAACUGACGACUGUUGGGUCUAAUCAUCGCUACCUUGAGUGCAUAAAAGCUGCUUAUGAAUUUGCUAGUGGUGAAUUAUUGAAUCUUAUAAAAGAAAAGUAUGACUUAAUGGGAAAGCUAAGGUCCAUCAAGCAUUACCUGCUUCUUGAUCAGGGUGAUUUCUUGGUUCACUUUAUGGAUAUAGCACGGGAAGAACUCUUGAAAAAGCCCGACGAAAUAUCUGCUGAAAAACUGCAGUCUUUGCUGGACCUUGCAUUGCGAUCGUCGGCAGCUGUAGCAGAUCCAUAUCAUGAGGACUUGACGUGCUGUAUAGAAAGGACUACUCUGUUGAAAAGUUUGAACAUUCUCAAAGAUAUUCCAAUCACUGAGGUUGUUUCUGGCAGCAAUGAUCUAGAGGAGCCAAUAAGCAUUACAGGCUUGGAAACAUUUUCAUUGAGUUUCAAGGUUCAAUGGCCAUUAUCUCUGGUUAUCUCAAGAAAGGCUUUGACAAAAUAUCAGUUAAUUUUUCGUUGCCUGUUUCACUGCAAGCAUGUGAAUCGGCAACUCUGUGCAGCAUGGCAACUCCAUCAAGGUCUACGCCGAGUUGAUAUGCAAGGAAUAGCGAUUUCUGUUUCGUCUUUGCUGUGCCGGAACAUGCUUAAAUUUAUCAACAGUCUGCUACAUUAUUUAACUUUUGAGGUUCUUGAGCCGAAUUGGCAUGUCAUGUGUAAUAAACUCCAGACUGCAAAGAGCAUUGAUGAGGUUAUACAAUACCACGACUUUUUCCUAGACAAGUGUUUGAGGGAAUGCCUGCUUCUUUCACCUGUUCUUCUCAAGAAGCUGGAGAAAAUGAAAUCAAUAUGCCUUCAAUAUGCAGCGGCAGCUCAAUGGUUGUUAACUUAUUCAGCUGAUGCGCCUGGGACAGAUAGCCCUGCCGUAGAUAAAUACAAACAAUUGAAACUAAGAACGUCAUCUCAGAAGCGGGGAAUGGCAUCUGAAAAUGCAACAGUCAUCGAUUCUAUACUGAAAUUUGAAAAGGAGUUUGCAAGAGAGCUUGGGAGUUUAGGACCGAUGUUGAGCAGUGGUUCGAGCGCAAAGCCAUACUUGACACAUCUUGCGCAGUGGCUUCUUGGUGAGGGAAGAGAGUAGAGAGUGAAAUGAGAUGUCAUCUUAUUAGCAUAAACCUGAAUUGGAUGUGUAUAGUGUGUGUGCUGUGAGUCAAUUUUGUGGGUUAAUGAAUGGUCUGAUAGUUAAGUUGCUUUGGGGGUAAAGGGAUUGAAUGUCCACAAAUCAAAUGUAUCAUUUAGUAUGAUGUUGUGAUGCAAUUUGAAGAAAUGUGUUUUGACUUUA